AUGUCGUGGUACACGAGUCUCGUGAGCACGGCAUCGUCCAAAGUCAGCAACCUCCAGCGGACAUUCCUCAACAGCGAGACGGACGGCGACACCGAGGAUGACACGCACGUCUGCCGCGUGCUGCGCUCAUACUACACGGAGAAAGGGAAGCCGUUCCCCGGAUGGCUGCCGCCGGACCCCAAGGCACCACCGCCUGUGGCUGCCGUCUACUCGCAGCCCGCGUCGCAGGUCGGCGCGCGUUACGGUGCGGCUGCCGGUGGUGGGCUGCAGCAGCAACAAGGAGGGGGAGCCCUGAGCUCGCUGUGGGAUUCGAAUCCGGCGCCCCAACAGCAGCAGGAAGUGCAGAGUCUGCGAAGGGGCCGCAAUGUACCGCCCGCGAUGCGUGGCAGCGACACGAGGCAGAACCCGUUCCGCAACUCGGAUCCCAUGGGCGGAGCAGCGGGUGGUGGUGGUGGUGGAGGCCGGGACGAAUUGCAGGCUCGACCGCUGCCUAGUCAACGUGGGGGAAGCUACCAGAGUGGUGCAUCGUCGGUCUCGCCGGCGCCGGCAGCGGCCAGCGGUGGCGGUUCUGCGCAGGACCGGCUGAAGCAGAGACUCUGGGGCGGCGGUGCGCGAACGACAAGUCCCUCCCAGACUGGACCUUUUAACCCUCCGGCGCAACCCAGCAACUCAAGACCAGCACAGAGCAGCAGCAGCGGAGGGGGCAGUUACGAGGACAGGUUCGCGCCGGGAGGAGCUUACGAUAAUUCAGCGACACGCAGGGGGGCGGAUCGGCCGUUCAUGGCAGCUAAUGCGCCGUGGGCGAGCAACGAGGAUGAGUUCGCCGCUAUGGGCGGCGGUGGCGGUGGCAGUGGAAGCAGCGGAGGCCGGCGGAUGGGGGGACUGCCGAGUGGUCCUCGAGCAUUCCGGUGA